AUUUUUGUGUGUGUAUAGAUCUAUAAGGCCUAACUUGUGAAUUUUUAUUCGUAUAUUGCACGACACAACAAAACUAUUUUCCGAUAUUUUUCAUUGUGCAAUAUUUCUGCAACUGAAUAUAAUAGCAAGUUCGAUAAGAGAACUAUUUUUGAAAGGGGGAAGAAAGUAAUUUAGACUGUGUAUGGUGGUAACUUUUUAAAGUUUAUUGACAUAAACAAAGUGCAAGCAGGAAAAACUUCUCAAAGAAGUUAAUAAAUAUAAUAAAAUAACAUCAAAAGCAUAUCUGAGAUUUUAUAUUGAAAGAAAAACUAAGAUAAUAUGCAGCUGCACUGAUUAGUAGCAAAAACUUACUCACCUUAUAGACUUCAUUUAUAGCUUCAAAUACGAAGUAAAACGGACGUUAAAAAAAGGUUAUUGCAAAUCAAGAAUUGAGAAAGAGGAAUAAAAAAAGGAAUAGAGAAGAACAGCAUUAACCAACAUCAGCAAAAGAGAACAUAAGAGACAAUAAAGAGUUUAUAAAAUUAAUUUCAACUAUGUUGCGCUGCUUAGAACAAUGCUAGUGCUAUUUCGCAUGAAUAAAUAAACUCUAAAAAAAUAAUAAAGCCAAUUUGCAAAAAAAGAAAAAAAAAUAAAUAAAUAUAUAUUUUUGGUGCUUUUUGUAAAGAUAGUUCUCGAUAACUACAAGCUGAACAACAUUUAAGCUAAAAAUUUUCAAUAACAAGCUGAAACGAUACACGUUGAAUAAUAAAAUGACAUUUUAUUGGUGGAAUCAUUGGUUCUGGAUAACAUGUUGCUUUAUGCUUCUCGUCGAACAGCAGCAUCAGUCAGCAAUUUAUGCAAUGCCAGCGUCAUUUUCAUCAUUAGAAACAAUUUCAACAUCAUUAAAAUCAGCAUUAGUUCAAAAUGAUAAUUCAUUCCAGCUGACAAAUGAUCAGCAACAGAAAAUUUCGACCGGUAGUAAAUCCGCUCCAUUGACAUUCGAGACAUCUGACACAGAUGAUCUUCGUGUUGGUGCCAGUGAAAUCGAUGUUGAGAAAAUUGUAAAAACGAGUGAGUGGCUUAGCGAAAAGCAUAACACGAAAAAUGAAUCAAGUAAUACAGCAGAUUAUAAACCAAAAUUCGUAUCCGUAAAAUUAGAAAUGAAUGUGAAUAGUCCAAAGCCCGAGGAUAUAAUUAAGUCAUUCACAUUAUCCAAUGUAAAUAGUACAAAUGAAAAUAUUUCAACAACUAUGCCAACGACCAUGUUGAGUAGUGUUACAGAUUCAAAUGCCAUUUUAAGUUCCAUUAAAACAUCAACAACUCAAACCACAAAACUCAUAAGAAUUAACGAAGAAUCAACAUCAUCAAAAGAUGAACAUAUCCUUACAGUUAAGUCAUUAAAUUUAUCAGCAUCAGACGUAACAGAGCCUAGUGAUUUGAAUGAUACAGUUGAAAUAGUCAUGACUGAUGAGGAGUCUAAUGCCACUGAAAUUGCAGAGCUUUCAGAAAGAAAAUCAAAGGGACUUUUAGGUGGAUUUAGCGAGGAAACCAAAAUUGUCAACAACAUCAGCUCCAGAUCGACAUUUCAAGUGACACAUUUGAGUCAGAGUUCAACAAACGAUGAAAAGCUUUCGUCAGAAGCUUUAUUCGAUACAGAUACGGACAAUGGAGGAAUUACAAUGAAUACUGGGAUCAUAUCUAUUAUAUGUGUAGGGAUUAUUGGAUCGUUAUCAGCAUUCAGCAUCUUAUUUGUCUAUGUGUAUAGGAGAAGAUUUCUCAAUAAACCGCAAGCCUUGAGUGAACCUGAUUCCAGUGGCUAUAUAGAUGACAGUACAAUUCGGGACAACUCAGAUGAACUUUACAGCUUAGAUAAUGACUCAUUCUUGAAUUCACUAGAGGCAAUGACAAUUCAAAACUAUUGGACUGAUAGUGUCAAACAUACAAAACUUUAAAUCAGCGAUAAAAUUAAACUCUUGAUAAAACAAGAUUUGCGUUUGAAAGCGAGAAUCAAAGUAGUUACUUCGUUUAAGAAUAAAACUUUAGACCUUAACAAUAAUUUCCAAAUACAUAUACAUAUAUAUCAUGAAGGAACGUGUAAAAGACAUGCAUAACUAUAAUUAAUGAAUGAUUAGAUUUUUAAAAUGUUAACUGUAUAAUGGAAGAAUUUGUAAUGUCACAGGGUGGUUAAAAAUAGAAUCUG